CGACCACCAACAGCCAUGUCCUCUGCAAUCACCAGAGUUUCCUCAUCGUCGUUGCGGACAGCGACAAACUCACUUUCAUCGUGCUCUCGUCGACUGAAACCAUGCUCCUCGUCGUCCGUUUUCACCCGAAGGGCCAUGAUGUCGGCUCUUCGCUCGCAGACAUCGGUUCAUGCACCAGCGCCCCAGUCACUUGCAGACUCGCCUAGUUCCUCGGGGCCCUCAAACACCGUUCCAAUAGAUGCAACAACAAGAGUAUCACACGACUCAAGUGCACCACAGACUGCUGGUCGUCCACCGGCUGCACCGAAAGCUACGAAACCAAGACCCAAAUUACGUUCCACGAAAGCCGCGCUUACUAUGACCCCGGGCGCUGUCGAGCGGAUACGAAUGCUACUUAACAGCCCAACACCCCAACUCAUUCGCAUAGGCGUCCGGAAUAAAGGAUGUGCCGGCAUGUCCUACCACCUAGAAUAUGUGGACAAACCUGGAAAGUUCGACGAAGUCGUCGAACAAGAUGGAGUACGCGUUCUAAUUGAUAGUAAAGCGUUGUUUUCUAUCAUCGGGAGUGAGAUGGACUGGAAGGAAGACGCGCUAAGUUCCAAAUUCGUAUUCAAGAACCCCAAUAUCAAGGAUGCCUGCGGUUGUGGAGAGUCGUUUACCGUCGGUUCAUGAUCCUCAAACCCACGGACUUUGUCCCCACUGUUCUCCCCCAUUCUUUUGCUAUCUUACCACAAUCUUUACCCCCACUCGCUAUUGCUUAUUCGAUUUACUCAUCUACCGACGAUUACCGACGAUGUAUCCAUACCGCACGGACUCUUUUUAUCGCUAUUCAUAGAUGCCUUUGUAUUACCAUUCGCAAUAAUCAUUCGAUUCUCAUCUGGAAUUUCAUUCACUUGGCUCACUAACUAGUUAAUAGGGUUGUAUGUAGUAUGAUACAGAACAUGGGUAAAUGCGUUCUAUCGA